AUGGAUGCUUCGGUGGUGAGAUUUUCGCAAUCGCCGGCGAGACUGCCGCCGGAAUUUGAACCAGAUAUGGAGAAGAUUAAACGGAGGCUGCUAAAGUACGGUGUUGAUCCUACUCCCAAAAUCCUAAAGACUCUCCGGAAGAAGGAAAUUCAAAAAUACAACCGGAAAACCAAGCGCCAAAUCGAUUCCGAGGCGGAGGUGUAUACGGAGGCGCAGAAACAAUCUAUGGAGGAAGAAGCUCAUUUCCAAACCGUAAGGCGGGAAUUCAAGCAAUUCAAUAGAACCAUUUCCGGGAAAAGGGGCGGCGAAGGGGGAAGGAUUGACGGUGGUUUGAUGGUGGGGAAUCCAUGGGAAGGAAUCGAGAGAGUGAGAUUGAAGGAGCUCGUCAGUGGUGUCCGGCGAGAAGAGGUCAGUGGUGGUAAACUGAGGAAAGAGAAUCUAAAAGAGCUUAAGAAGAUACUUGAGCAGGAUCUCCGUUGGGUUCUCGAUGACGACGUUGACGUAGAAGAGUACGCGUUGGCGGGAAACGAAGACAGAGAUUUUGAUCCUGCAAAGCGGUGGCGUAACGAAGGAGAAGCCGUCAGAGUUCUCGUUGACAGAUUGAGUGGUAGAGAAAUCACUGAGAAGCACUGGAAAUUUGUGAGGAUGAUGAAUCAAUCAGGGCUUCAGUUCACUGAAGAUCAGAUGCUUAAGAUUGUUGAUAGAUUGGGACGUAAAAAGAGCUGGAAACAAGCUUCAGCUGUUGUUCAUUGGGUGUAUUCUGAUAAGAAGCGUAAACAUCUCAGGAGCAGGUUUGUUUACACGAAGCUUUUGUCUGUUGUUGGGUUUGCAAGGAGGCCACAGGAAGCUCUCCAGAUAUACAAUCAGAUGCUUGGUGAUCGCCAGUUGUAUCCUGAUAUGGCGGCAUACCACAGUAUUGCUGUAACACUUGGUCAAGCUGGUUUUUUGAAGGAAUUGCUGAAACUAAUCGAGUGUAUGAGACAGAAACCGACGAAAUUAAUGAAGAGUUUGCGUCAAAAGAACUGGGAUCCUGUGCUUGAACCCGACGUGGUUGUGUACAAUGCUAUUCUGAAUGCUUGUGUUCCGUUACUCCAAUGGAAGGCUGUUACAUGGGUAUUCAUUGAGUUAAGAAAAAAUGGUCUGAGACCUAAUGGAGCUACAUAUGGACUUGCAAUGGAGGUUAUGCUGGAGUCAGGGAAGUAUGAUCGUGUUUACGAAUUCUUUAGGAAGAUGAAAAGCAGUGGUGAAGCUCCAAAAGCAAUUACAUACAAAGUUCUAGUCCGAGCUCUCUGGAGAGAAGGCAAAAUCGAGGAAGCUGUUGAAGCAGUCAGAGAUAUGGAACAGAAAGGAGUUAUAGGAUCAGGCUCAGUUUACUACGAAUUGGCAUGCUGUCUCUGCAGUAACGGGCGCUGGCGUGAUGCAAUGCUUGAGGUGGGGAAGAUGAAAAGACUUGAAAAUUGCAGGCCGCUCGAGAUCACCUUCACGGGACUCAUAGCGGCUUCACUGAACGGUGGCCAUGUUGAUGAUUGCUUGGCUAUAUUUCAAUACAUGAAGGAUAAAUGCGACCCGAAUAUAGGCACCGUGAACACGAUGCUGAGAGUUUACGGAAGGAAUGAUAUGUUUAUGGAAGCUAAAGAAUUGUUUGAAGAGAUUGUCAGAGAAAAAGAGACUCAUCUGAUGCCAGACGAGUACACAUACAGCUUUAUGCUUGAAGCUUCAGCUAGAUCGCUCCAAUGGGAAUACUUUGAGCAUGUGUACCAGACGAUGAUUCUUUCCGGAUAUCAAAUUGAUCAAACGAAACACACACCAAUGCUUAUAGAAGCAUCAAGAGCUGGGAAGUGGACUCUUCUAGAGCACGCCUUCGACGCAAUUCUUGAAGAUGGAGAAGUCCCUAACGCAUUGUUCUUCACCGAAAUGUUGUGUCAUGCGACAGCUAAAGGCGAUUACCAAAGAGCGAUCACGCUGAUCAACACGGUGGCUCUCGCUUCUUUCCAGAUCAGUGAGGAACAAUGGACCGAUGUUUUCGAGGAGAAUCAAGACCGGGUUACUCAGGAGAAACUACAGGAGCUGUCUGAUCAUCUCCUUGACUGUGAGUAUGCAAGUGAACCAACGGUCAUAAACCUCUCAAAGUCAUUGAAUUGUCUUUGUGGGUCUUCUUCUUCUUCUUCAACGAAACCGUUGUUAGCUAUUGAUGAAACAACUCAAAGUCACAGCGAGAAAACAGAGGAAGAUUUGCUUCUUCAAGAUACAACAAUGGAAGAUGCUAAUGGUGAAGCUUGGGAAUUUACGAAGACUGAACUAGAGACGUUGGGUCUAGAACAACUCGAAAUUGAUGAUGACGAUGAAGAUUCUAGUGAAUCUGAUUCACUUUCAGUUUAUGACAUUCUGAAAGAAUGGGAAGAGACUUGA